AUGUCCAGGGGCCCUCUUAGUAUCAGCAUAGAUAAAAAUGAAGCUAUCAGGAAAUAUAAGAGUGGGAAGAUUAUCGCAGUUUUUUUGAAGGGAUUUAUUCAAAGGAAAAGGUGGAAAUUGCAAUUGCAACAGCGGCUUCACCUGUUGAAAUGCCAAAUUCUGCAUAAUAACAGUGAUAUUAGUGAUGAAACAGUCGAAAAAGUUUGGGAAAUGGUUAGAAUUUCAUAUUUUGCAAAGAUUAGGGAUUUUGAAACACUCAAUUUAUUAAGUGAACUUGUGGAUUUGGGUAAAAUAACUAAAGAAUCUCAACAUAUAUUUCUAUUGAGGCUAUUUACUAGGUUAUUUAUGACUUACGAAUGUUAUAAAAAUGUAGGAUUCGUAUACCCUCUGACGAAUAUGUUGUACAUAUCAGGUGAUAUAUACGACAAUGAUUCUAUAAAUUUCCUUGCGUAUGCAGGAUCUAUGACAUUAUCUAAAAUGGAAAUGAGAUUCUUGGACAAGAUAUCUCUGAUUUUGAGAAAUUUUGGAAAUAAGAUUAACUGCAGUCAAUUCCAUUUAACUUUUUGGGGUACGCAUUCAUUUUCCAGCGAAUCACUAAAUAAUUUCAAUCUAACUAAAAUAUUUGAUUCCAUGACAGUAUCAGUAUCAGAUUGUUUAUUUAUUUCGCCCGAAAUAAUCGUUCCUUUAUUAUUUGAUCAAAAUAUUUUUUGUAAAAACAUCAGUACAGUCCUAAAUUAUUCAACAGAUGGUGAUUUUAUACAGACCAUCUUAUUAUCUUUAGCACAUAUGCCCAGUGUAGUUGAUGUUAUUAAAGUUGACUGGCCAAAAAUAUUUAGAAUAAUUGGAAGUUCACGUAAGGGUUCCUUAUUUAUCGCAAUUAAAUACUCGAAAUAUUUAAAAGAUGAACAUUUAUCAUCUUUAGCCACAUGCUUCUUUUCUUCCAAACUGAUUAAGUGCAUCAGAGAUCAUUUUGAUAAAUGUUGUAAUGGAGAUAUUUCAAAAAUGAGUUCAUCAAUUGAUGCCGUGGUGUUUCUUUGUAGAAUAUAUAUGUAUGUUGAUAUGAUAUUGUACGAUUCGGAGAUAAUUAACGGGUUCUUUUCAACAAUAGAUAAUGCAAAAUGGAUUGGUUAUAGAUUUACGCAGUUAGCUGUUUACAUUGAUUUUGUUUAUAAUGAGGAAGAGGUUAAUUCAAAAAUGAAUCAAAUAUAUAGUUCUAACACUAUUAUUUGUGAAGUCAGCAGAAAGAUUGCGUUGAGGCUGUCUAGAAUGAAUAUAAUUAAAUCUGAUGAAUGGAUUGUUGAUAAAUAUUUGGAUAAAACGAAUCCUUUCCCGCCUGUUCCACAUGCGAUCCCAUUCUCUACAAGGGUGGAAUCUUUAAGGCAACAAACUUUCUUUGAAAUUGAUCCUAGAUUCAUAAUCUACAAUAGGCCAUAUUUGAUUAGAAGAACUCAUAUAGUUGAAGAUAGCUUGGAGGCUCUAGGACAUAUGAGUUCCGAUAAACUGAGAUUGCCUUUUAGAGUGGCUUUUGUUGACGAAUUUGGUAAUACUGAAGACGGAGUGGAUGGAGGGGGUAUUUUUAAAGAGUUUUUACUCACACUAUCUAAAUCCAUCUUUGAUCCAUCAUAUGGUCUCUUUCAGGUAUCUAAUGACUCUGAUAUGUCUCUAUUUCCAUCAAUCUCUUCGGGCGUUGCGCAUGAAAAUCAUCUUGAAAUGUUUAAUUUCGUUGGUAUAAUUGUGGGAAAGGCAAUAUUUGAGGGGAUAUUAAUAGAACCAGUGCUUAGUCGUUUAUUGCUAAAUUUGAUACUGGGUCAUCGCAAUGGAUUUGAUGAGUUGCAAUACUUUGAUCCGCAAUUGCAUAUGCAUCUAUUGAAACUAACAUCACUGUCAGAUAAUGAAUUGGACGAACUUGAUCUAAACUUCACAGCUACAGUUAAUUCUUUGGGAAUUGUUGAAACUCAUGAAUUGUUGUUGGGUGGCGAAAAUAAGAGAGUUAAUAGAUCAAAUGUUCACGAGUAUAUAUGGCGGCUUGCCAGUUUCAAAUGCAAUACGUUAAUUGAAUCACAAAGUGCAGCCUUUUUAUGUGGCGUGUCUAAAAUUAUUCCACUUGAAUGGCUGCGUAAUUUUUAUCCCUCAGAAUUACAACUUCUAAUAUCUGGGUCUCCACUAAUCGAUGUACGGGAUAUGAGGAAGAAUACGAUUUAUAGUGGAUAUACUGAUGAUUCUCUUACAAUUAAACAUUUAUGGGAAAUUGUUGAACAGCGUGAUAUGAAUUGGAGGAGCGAAUUCCUGGCAUUUAUAACAAGUUGUAAGAGGGCGCCACUCUUAGGAUUUGCUCACUUGAAACCGCAACUUUGUAUAACAUUGGAGCCGGAUGUAGAAAGAUUGCCCACAUCAUCUACUUGCACAAAUUUACUGAAAUUGCCUGAUUUUAAAAAUAAACAAUUGCUAAGUAUGAAACUGGAUGUCGCAUUGAGAAAUUGUCAUGGUUUCCUACUUGACUAA